UUUCGGCCCAUUGCAAAUGGUGGGUGCGAGCAUCGAAGGAGUGAGGAGGAGCAAGUGCAAGGUUGAGGAGUGCUCCCAAAAUCGCAAUAUCUUCAAUUCUAUCUGCAACUGCGAACCUUCUCGACGAUCACAAAAAUGGCGACGAAACUUCAGAUAUUUACGGGAUUACCCCCCGCGCCAUUUCAGUCUUCUUCCUCCUCCACUCUCUGCGUAGUCAAGAAGCCUCUCACUACUUCCUUCUUCGGCGCUGGAGGAGCGGAAGUUCUGAAGGGGAUGAGGACUGCGAAGCCUGUGCGCGGCGGAGGUGCUCUCGGUGCUCGCAUGAACCUCUUCGACAGGUUCGCCAGAGUUGUGAAGUCAUACGCGAACGCUGUCAUAAGUUCAUUUGAAGAUCCGGAGAAAAUAUUGGAGCAAGCUGUGCUUGAAAUGAACGACGACUUGACUAAAAUGCGUCAAGCUACUGCACAAGUAUUGGCAUCUCAAAAGCGGUUGGAAAACAAAUACAAGGCUGCUCAACAAGCUUCUGAAGAGUGGUACCGUAAAGCACAACUUGCUCUUCAGAAAGGGGAAGAAGAUCUUGCUCGUGAAGCACUUAAGAGGCGUAAAUCUUAUGCGGAUAAUGCCAGUUCUUUGAAAGCUCAACUUGAUCAACAAAAGUCUGUUGUUGAGAAUCUUGUUUCGAAUACACGGCUGUUGGAGAGUAAGAUACAGGAGGCAAGGUCGAAGAAGGAUACUCUGAAAGCAAGGGCUCAAUCAGCAAAGACUGCAACCAAGGUGAGUGAGAUGCUGGGAAAUGUCAAUACAAGUAGUGCUCUUUCAGCUUUUGAAAAGAUGGAAGAGAAAGUGAUGGCAAUGGAGUCCCAAGCUGAAGCUCUUGGCCAGUUGACAACUGAUGAUCUUGAAGGAAAGUUUGCGUUGCUUGAGAGUUCAUCAGUUGAUGACGACCUUGCAAAUUUGAAAAAGGAAUUAUCUGGUGGCUCAAAGAAGGGAGACCUUCCUCCUGGAAGAAGUAGCACCACUAGCACCAACACUGGAAUUCCAUUUCGAGAUGCUGAGAUUGAAUUGGAACUUGAUCAAUUGAGGCAAAGAGCAAAGGAAUUUUGAAGCAUGGAAUCUUUUUUUUUUCUUUUUUUUCCCCUUCGUAUUUUAAGCUUGAAUUUAGUUUCUGAUAUCAACGUUGUACAGCUAAAGGUCAAUCACGAUAUUGUUCGACUACAGACCUAAAAUUGGUUGGAAAAAUGAACUGAUUAGCUUCAAGCUCAUGUAUGAUGUAGCUCAUGGUAUUUGCAAAUACCUUAAAUGUGAUGAUAUUGUAAUACUAUAUAGUGUGUACGAUCAGCAGUCCUUUUUUUUUUUUC